AAAAGGGACGGACAGUGAGUUCACCAAAAAACAAAAAAGGGGACGGACAGUCAAGGAGGAGGAGGAAAAUCAAAUCGAAAAGGGUGGAGAGGAGAAGAAUGGAGGAAGGAUUAAGGUGGGGAGAAUGGGGAGAGGUAGUGUCAGAGAAGGUUGUAACGGCUUAUAACUCUCUUCCGAAGAAGGGAAAACCUCAAGGCCGUGAAGUAACCGUCCUAUCCGCUUUCCUCCUCUCUUCUCCUUCCCAAGAAGUGGACGUGAUAGCAUUAGGGACGGGAACCAAGUGCGUUAGUCGGUCGCUGCUGAGUCCCCGUGGUGACAUUCUCAACGAUUCUCAUGCCGAAGUCGUCGCCAGAAGAUCUCUCCUCAGGUUCUUCUAUUCCGAGAUUCAACGGAUGCAAGUUACUAAGAGAACAAGUUGCAACGAAGCCAAGCGUCAGAGACAUGAUGACGAUACCCAAACACUCGAGUUAGACCCAAGCUCUCCUGGAGAUGUCAAAUAUAAGCUCAAAUCUGGGUCUCACUUGCAUCUCUACAUUUCUCAGUUGCCAUGUGGUUAUGCUUCUACUUCUUCACCUCUGUAUGCACUCAAAAAGAUCCCAUCAUCACAAGUAGAUGAUAAGCCAUUGUCAGUUAAUGCCUGCUCCUUGCAGACUUCUGAUUUUCCAGAUAUAGGUAAUGCAACAGACAUUGUACAAAGAAAGCCUGGUCGCGGUGAAACCACUCUCUCUGUUAGCUGUUCCGAUAAGAUCGCUCGAUGGAAUCUUCUUGGCGUUCAAGGGGCUUUGCUUUCCCAGUUCCUUCACCCUAUAUAUAUUUCUACCAUCACCGUUGGACAAUCUCUGCAUUCUCCUCACAACUUUUCUCUCACUGAUCACCUGCGAAGAUCUUUGUAUGAGAGGAUACUUCCAUUUUCCCAUGAUCUACUGCCUUCCUUCCGUGUGAACAAGCCACUGUUUUUCGUAGCUCCACUGCCACCAUCAGAAUUUCAACAUUCAGAAACUGCUCAAGCUACCUUAACAUGCGGUUAUUCCUUGUGUUGGAACCGUUCUGGCUUACACGAAGUUGUUCUUGGAACAACCGGUAGAAAGCAAGGUACCUCAGCUAAAGGAGCUCUGUAUCCGUCUACUCAAUCAUCUAUAUGCAAACAGCGGUUUCUCGAGAUGUUCUUGAAAGAAUUUUAUGGACACGAAAGUGAAUCUUCUAAGUCAAAAGGAUCUUACCGAGAACUGAAGGACAAAGCAACUGAAUAUUCUUUGAUGUCAAAGAAAUUUAAAGGAAAGUAUCCAUUCAAGAAUUGGCUUACAAAACCCUUGAAUUACGAGGAUUUUCUGAUAAAUUAGUCCUCAGGUGACCUGAAGCAUGCCGGCGUCUCAGUAUGAUGUAAGAAGAAGUCCAUUUAAUAAUGAUAAGAAAAG